GUCAUCUUUCCUCUUAUUCGCCGUCUUCGUCUUCCUCCUUGGAAAAACCCGCGAUUCAGUCACAGAUUCACAGUUCAAACAAGAUAAGAGAAAACUGCAACAAUGGAGAACAGACACAAGAUCAAGAUAGUUAUUACAUUCGCUUGCUUAACUGCACUCUCGUUCUUCUUCGCCAAACAAUAUCGCAAAAAGAGAAAACAAAGUCGAACAUGUUGCUACCUGAAAACUGAAUCAAAACCUCAGGCCUCAUUUAAACGUGUUCUUGCCGAUAAUUCCUAUUCUCCAUUCAAGCAUCUCAAGUUCUCCGAAUCAAAUGAAGGUUUGGAGCAUCCUUACAAAGCAAAGAUCGAUGCUUUAUUAAUAGAACCGUUCAAAUUCAAGUUUUUGGAAGGAAAUGUAGAUAUGGAGAUGAAGGAAUCGUAUGUAUGGGUUGAAAAAGAGGCUCAAUUGGAGGAACUUGUGGAUAUUUUGAGUAACGAGAAAGUCAUUGCUGUUGAUACUGAACAACACGGCUUACGAUCAUUCUUAGGUUUUACAGCUCUCAUACAGGUUUCUGCUAAAGGAAGAGAUUAUCUGAUUGACACUAUAGCUUUGCACGAUUUCAUGGGUAUCUUGCGGCCUGUAUUUGCAAAUCCUUCAAUUUGCAAGGUCUUCCAUGGAGCUGAUAACGAUGUCAUCUGGCUGCAAAGAGAUUUCCAUAUAUAUGUUGUUAAUUUAUUUGAUACUGCAAAGGCAUGUGAAUUGCUGUCAAAACCCCAGAAAUCUCUGGCAUAUCUGCUUGAAACAUAUUGCAAUGUUACAACAAACAAACAAUUACAGCGUGAAGAUUGGAGACAACGUCCUUUGUCUGCAGAAAUGGUUAAAUAUGCUCAAACUGAUGUGCACUAUUUGCUAUAUAUUGCUCAUUGUCUUGCACUUGAGUUAAAACAAGAGGAUACAGAAGGUUCCUCACUUCUUCUCGAGACCAGUCGGCGUUCAAAUUCAUUAUGUUUGCAACUGUUCUCAAAAGAUAUUGAAGCUUCUCCUGGAGAAUCUUCCGCCUUUUCAAUCAUUACUAAACAUUUAAGUUAUCAAGGAGGCCCAUCGUCAAACAUCAUAUACAGUCAGGAACUCGUGAGACGAUUAUGCACCUGGAGGGACAUAAUGGCACGGCUGCAUGAUGAGAGCUUGAGAUAUGUACUAUCAGAUCAUGCCAUUGUUGCUCUAGCACAUAGAGUUCCAGUUUCAAAUGCAGAAAUCUUUGAAACUAUAUCCCAAGCUGACUUAACUGUCGAUUCAUUGAACCAAUUUGCUCUUCAAUCUCCGUCGCCUUUGAUUUGCAGUCAUUUUGAGGACUUCCAUUAUUUAUUCCAAGACAAAUUAAGCGAUCCAGAAUUUGACCUAAUUCUUCAAAAACACCUUGGUCCUGAUGGAAGCUGCCCACUGUCUAUAUAUAAUUAUGCUUUGUUAUCUAAAAUUAACCUUAAACCUACUGAUAGAUUAGUUUCCAAACAGAAUGGAACUAAACAUGCAAAACGAGUGGGUAAGAAGGCGUCAAGGCUUCUCUUUGUUAAGAAAUUUUCCUGCAAAGCUCCUGUUUAUCAUAAUUGUAGAAUCUAUGCAAAUGAUGGACGGAUGCUAUGCUAUUGCGAUCGUAAGAAACUCGAGUGGUACCUCCAACGAGGCCUGGCGAAGCUUGUCGAGGAAGAUCCACCCGCUAUAAUGCUGCUUUUUGAACCGAAAGGUCGACCAGAAGAUGAGGAUAACGAUUUCUAUGUUCAAAGUAAGAAGAAUAUAUGUGUAGGCUGUGGGGAAGGAAAUCACUACUUACGUUAUCGGAUAAUACCAUCAUGUUACAGAGUCCAUUUCCCAGAACAUUUAAAAAGCCACCGUUCUCACGAUAUUGUCCUGGUUUGCGUCGAUUGCCAUGAGAUCGCUCAUGCUUCUGCUGAGAAGCAUAAAAAAAAGGUUGCCUCUGAGUUUGGAAUACCUCUUUUUGUUCAUAGAGUCACUGAUUCUGGUCAAGCUCCUCCUCUCGAGGAGGAUGGAUCAUCUGACCAAACUGCCAACAAGGAAACGGGAGUGUCUCCUCUACAGCUCCGAACUGCAGCCAUGGCCUUGUUACGACAUGGAUCAAGGAUACCACCUAGCCGACGCGAAGAACUCAUGCAGGUUGUGGUGGAGUACUAUGGUGGAAAGGAAAUAUCACAAGAUGAUCUCGAACGGGCUUUGCUUGUAGGAAUGACUCCUCUUGAGAGAAAGCGACUAAAGAAGAAGAAAGGUUUAUCGUUCAUCCAUUCAACAAGCCUUAUAAAGAAUGUGGCAAAGAAGAAUGCUAAUGGAAUGAUGUCUGAUGAAGUAGCUAACCUUGACCUAACAUCCCCCGUCGACGAUACUUUGGAUUCAACCGAAUCUAACGGAGAUGUAUUGAUCUCAACUCAGUCAAAGCUAUCGUUACUUGGACAUGGACCACACGGAAAUCAAGUUGUGGAUCAUAUAUUAAAAGAAUAUGGAGAUGAUGGAAUUCGUGAAUUUUGUCAGAGAUGGAGGCGAGUCUUUGUUGAAGCAGUUCAUCCUCGUUUCUUGCCUUCUGGCUGGGAUGUGAAACACAGUGGUAGAAGAGACUUUGGUGAAUUCAGUGUUUAUCAUCGACGAUCCAAGAAAGUUCUGGAAUAGAGCUCAGAUUAUCAAUUUUCCUGCUACUAUUAGGUAUGUUAUAGAGUUGGUGUACUCCUAUUGACGAUGGAUUCAAAUCUGAAGAGUGAACUUGUCGUAAUACUGGUAGUCGAAUGAUCGAUGAAAUGCCCGUUUGUUGUGUUUGUUCUUUUUAUUAUAUGUAAGAGACUCAUAGAUUACCAAAAAAAAGGGAUAAUUGACAUACAGUAUUUAGAACUCUCAUCGAAAGAUUUUGUCUCAAAUUUAGGCCUCUCCUCGUUUUUGUCGUUUGAAGAACUAUAGUUAUAUUAUUUUGUUAUAUUUAACACUGUCAGCUAACAUCUUUA